AUGAAAAGCGUGCGUCAACGACGAUUCCGAAAAACAAAGAAGAAGAAGUACAUGGAAGCACCUGAGGUGAAUCUCAUCGCUUUUGUUUUGCUAGGCAAGGUGGAACGUGAGCUGAAACGUCUUCUUCGAGCUGAUCUGGAAGCGGAAUCUUUUCGUUGGGAGAUAGUUCAAGCCGACGAUAAACGCAAGGUGUUUGGCCUACCCAUAAAUGCUAAGACGUGCAUAUCUGCUACAUCUGCUCAGGAUACAACUGUAUCUGAACAGGCCUUGUUUGGUGAUAAGGUUAGCAGUAGCGAGGAGGAUGUCGAAGAUAUGCCACAGGUCGAUAAAGACGAUUGA